AAACUAACAAAAAAAAAAGCCUCCGUCCCGUCUCCUCUCUCUCCCUAAUCAUCAGCCUCGGCCUCUCUCUUUCGUCGACUCACUUCUCAAUUUUUUUUUCUCCGUCCGAUUUUAGGGUUUUCUCAAUCGCUAUGUAUCGUACGGCAGCUUCACGAGCCAAGGCUCUUAAGGGAGUCCUUACUCGUAGUUUGAGACCUGCACGUUAUGCUAGUUCUAGUGCUGCUGCGGCGACAAGUUCGUCCACGCCAGGUUACUUGAGCUGGUUGGGUGGUGGAUCCUCUGGUUCUCUUACUUCAUUGGAUAUGCCACUACAAGGCGUAUCUCUUCCUCCGCCGCUUGCUGACAAGGUCGAGCCAAGCAAACUUAAGAUCACUACUCUUCCAAAUGGUCUCAAAAUAGCCUCAGAGAUGUCUCCGAAUCCGGCAGCUUCGAUUGGUUUAUAUGUUGAUUGUGGUUCUAUUUACGAGGCGCCUUAUUUCCAUGGAGCUACUCAUUUGCUUGAAAGAAUGGCUUUCAAGAGCACGUUAAACAGAACCCACUUUCGUCUUGUGAGGGAAAUAGAGGCCAUUGGAGGCAACACGUCCGCCUCUGCGUCUCGAGAGCAAAUGAGUUACACUAUUGAUGCUCUUAAGACCUAUGUCCCUGAAAUGGUUGAAGUUCUUAUUGACAGUGUGAGAAACCCUGCUUUCUUGGACUGGGAAGUCAAUGAAGAGCUACGGAAGAUGAAGGUAGAGAUAGCGGAACUUGCAAAGAACCCUAUGGGUUUCCUGUUGGAGGCCAUUCAUUCUGCUGGUUACUCUGGUGCAUUGGCAAGUCCUCUGUACGCACCGGAGUCUGCUUUAGAUAGAUUGAAUGGGGAGCUCUUGGAAGAGUUUAUGACUUAAAAGUUGCUGAGCCAUUAGUUUCGGACCUACCUAAUGUACCACGCCAAGUGGAGCCAAAAUCUCAGUAUGUCGGUGGAGAUUUCCGCCAACAUACUGGUGGAGAGGCUACACACUUUGCGGUUGCUUUUGAGGUGCCUGGCUGGAAUAACGAGAAAGAAGCAGUCACAGCCACUGUUCUCCAGAUGCUUAUGGGAGGAGGUGGCUCAUUCUCUGCGGGAGGUCCUGGAAAAGGAAUGCACUCGUGGCUCUAUCGCCGUGUUCUAAACGAAUAUCAGCAGGUUCAAUCAUGCACUGCGUUCACUAGCAUCUUUAACAACACUGGAUUGUUUGGAAUCUAUGGUUGCUCGAGCCCUGAGUUCGCGGCAACAGCAAUUGAAUUAGCAGCUAAAGAACUGAAAGAUGUUGCAGGAGGAAAAGUUAACCAGCAACAUCUUGAUCGUGCCAAGGCAGCCACAAAAUCUGCAGUCCUGAUGAAUUUGGAAUCUCGGAUGAUUGAAGCAGAAGACAUUGGUAGACAGAUACUUACAUACGGAGAGAGGAAACCAGUUGAUCAAUUCUUGAAGACAGUAGACCAACUAACAUUGAAGGACAUUGCAGACUUCACCAGCAAAGUUAUUUCAAAGCCUUUGACAAUGGGUGCCUUCGGAGAUGUGUUGACUGUUCCGAGCUACGACACCAUCAGCAGCAAAUUUCAUUGAAGCAACAAAACAAACAAAAAACCAAAUCAACAAUAUUUUGGGACUUGUAAAAUAAAGAAGAUCUUUGGGAGCAGAAGAAGACCCAACCGAUUAAAAAUUUUCUUUUAAGAUUACAGUGUCGUAAUUUGAUUUAAAUGGAUUUUGUUUCCAUCUACAGUGAAAAAAUGGCGGACUUUUUACUGUCAGUCUCUCUCCAAUUUUUCAAGAGUAUUUUGUAUUCCAAUAAAUAAUCUUUUACUUUACUACGUGUAAUGCAAACAACUUGAGGUGUCA